GAGAUAGAGAUGGUGGUUGUUCAGGCAUGGGGCGUGCGGAUCGCAGCUCCGACGCCCCAGGUCAGACACUCGUGUUUUGAUUUCUCUGUCAAGAAAGGAAGCUAUCAGAGUUAUGUGCGUUCGGUUCUUCGCAAACCCAUUUGGGGGAACUUGCGUACUUCUACGCUUUCUUGCCGUUGCAGCAGCUCUUCUUCGGGUUGGGAUUGGAAUCAAUGGACCCGUAAUUUCUCCGAAAUUGAACAGGCUGAGAGCUUCGUGUCGGUGCUCAAGUUUCAACUAGAAGAUGCAAUUGAGAAAGAGGACUUCCAGGAAGCUGCAAAACUGAAAGACGCUAUUGCAGAAGCAACAUCGAAGGAUGCUGUGGCUGAAAUAUUGUCUCAACUGAAGAAUGCGAUUGAUGAAGAGCGUUAUCAUGAUGCAUCAAGGUUGUGUAGGCUUGGUGGAAGUGGACUGGUAGGUUGGUGGUUUGGUUGUUCCAAGGACUCUGAUGAUCCUUUUGGAAGAGUGGUACGGAUAACCCCUGGCGUUGGCAGAUUUGUGGCAAGGUGUUACAGUCCAAGACAAUUAGUUACAGGAUCUCCUGGGACCCCGUUGUUUGAAAUUUUUGUCAUCAAAGAGGCGGAUGAGACUUACACCACGCAGGUUGUAUCCUUGCAGAAGGCCAAAGGAAAUUCAACAAAUUCGUCGUCAGCAUCGAGACUGACUGAUGAACUAUCCACUGUUGGCAUCAAGAGCUCACCUGUAGAAGGCAUUCCGGUGAAUGAAGACAAGGUGGGGAGACAUGAAGAGAAGAAUGUAAAUAUUAAAGAUGCUAAUGAAGAAGGCAUAAGAAGUGUAAUUAGUUUUCUUAAAGAUAAAAUUCCAGGAUUGAAACUUAAAGUCAUGAACAUUAAAAUUCCUGAGGAGACAACAGGGGGUAGCGACAAUAUGGAGCAGUUAAUACAGGAAAGUAAUGAGACCACAAGUUCUGCUGAAAAUUCUGAAGAUGAAGCUGGCAACGUGGAUGAUAUCCAGCCUGAUGAGAUUGCUGUAGGAGAAGAUACGGACACAAGGGAAGAGGGAGAAAAUAUGGCUAUGAAGCUUUUUAUUGGUGGGGUGUUACAUAACAAGGAAGAUAUUCCUUCUAAGGAUGAGUAUGUUCGCUACCCAGCUGAAAUAAUAGAUAUGAAAAGGGAUUCCUUUGUGCUUCAUGUUCCAAGUAGAAGCAAGGAAGCAGAUGUUGGAGAGAGUAAAGUGCCUGAGGUCAAAGUGACUGCAGUUGCAGCUCAGGGUGUUUCUGAGCUCAUGCCUCUUGAUGUUGCCAAGGCAUUUUUGAAUGUAGAUAAGGUUUCUAUAAUGGUUUCUAGAGAUGUUCGUGAGAUUGUCAAGCUUGCUGUUACUCGGGCCCAAAAGUGGAACUCACUUUCUGGGCAUACAACUUUUAGUCGAAUCAUGACUUCCAAAGAUAAUUUAGACCCCUUUGAUGGCUUGUAUGUGGGAGCAUUUGGUCCUUAUGGGACUGAGGUCGUACAGCUGAGACGUAAAUUUGGUCACUGGCAUGGGGUGGAUGGCACAGAUGAGCAUUCAGAUGUCGAGUUUUUUGAAUAUGUUGAGGCCGUAAAACUGACUGGAGAUCUUAAUGUUCCUGCUGGCCAGGUUACAUUUCGUGCUAAAAUUGGGAAAGGGUGUCGUACACCUAACCGGGGGAUGUAUCCAGAUGAGCUAGGAGUGGUUGCUAGUUACAAAGGUCAAGGAAGAAUAGCUGAAUUUGGGUUCCGAAAUCCACGAUGGGUUGAUGGUGAACUACUCCAGCUGAAGGGCAAGGGCUUGGGUCCAUAUGUUAAAGGCGCAGACCUUGGGUUCCUUUAUGUUGUUUCCGAGCAGAGCUUCCUUGUGCUGUUCAACCGUCUGAAGCUACCUGAGUGAGACCAUGUAUCAUUCAUUGCUAACAUGUUAUGGAACUCCUCCC